AUGGCCGAGGAGCUUGAUGGUGCUUUCCGUGAAGUGGCAGAUCAGGGUGAAGACAACCUACCAAAUCAGCCACCUCCAGAGGAGCUUUCCAGGAAGGCUGUGGAGAAUAGGCUGAGGCGUGUCAUGAAACCCCGGGCCGAUGGUUCCCUUUUGAUCCCUCCAGAGAUUGUUGCACAGUACAAGGAUUUGUCCACAAGAGACCAGGUCAUGGCGCUGUUUGAGAAGAAGUCGAAGUACGGAGAAGGAACGCUCUACUGGGUGGAGAAGAAAAUCAAGGGCAAUCAGAAGCGAACACGCCGUUCCAUGUUCGAACAGAUGAUCGAAAGCGAACUUGAUGAAGAGCAGGAGCUGCCAUCAGUAGAUGGCCCCGGUCUGGACUUUCCAGAUGCCCCAGCUGCGUCAAAGAGCUUUGCAGCACCGACGCCAGCGAGCGCUGGAGGUCCUGACGAGUCCGAGGAUGACUUCUCCGAGGACGAGGGGGAAGAUGAGCAAGAGGCAGUGAUGAAAAGCAUCAAGUUUCCAGAGGUGGAGGGUAGCAAAAUUGCUUCGUCAGCCCCGUUGAAAUCAAAGAUGGACGAAAUUCUCAAGAAGUUGCAAGCUGCGGAAGAUGCUGUCAACACAGAGUACGGCAAUGGGAUUUCCAAUGGCUUCUCGAAAGAGUCCAACACGCCCACGGCAGGAGGAAGAGGUGACGAUCAGCUGUUUGAAUGCAUGGCUGAGGCUCUCGGUGAAGGGGCGCGGGCCCCGGCCAUGCAACGACCACUUCAGAAGGUCACUGCUACGCACGUGAAGCGUGUCAUUAGCGGUGGGGAGCGCAAAGCUAUUAACGCUGAAAGGGAUUGCCAGCGGAAAUUUCGGAAGAAAGGCUUGACUGUGCCAGUGCCAAUUCAGGCAAUCAAACAUGAAAUUGAUAAGAACUUUCUUUGCACACAUUGGGUGAAAGUUUCUGAUUGGAUGAAAUAUUUGCUAAGUACAUUCCCCGGGGUCCUUGGAAGUCCCACAGUGGGCUUGGAAUCCCAGUGCUGGGCAUUCUGGUCUAUGUUCAAGUACAAGAACCCUGAUCACUGCAUAUACAAGUCUGGAAAGAAUUUGGCACGUUGUCUCCCACUCAACUUGUACGGGGACGAAGGACGAGGGCCAAAAAGGGCAUUGUUUUUGGAGAUGUCUUGCGAGACGGCCUUCGGAAUUUUUCCGCACAAAGGUGGCUGCAGCUGCAACGCAGAACUUCAAAAAGUUCCCACAUCUGCGAUCCCGCACUGUGUGGCCGAUAGUUUUGGACCAGAAGUUGCAGUUGCAGAGGGGUUGUCUACGAAUCUGAAGGGGCACUCCUACUUGACCAAACAUUUGAUUUUUGGCCUCCCAUCGUACCUCUACAAGGAACACGAAGCAAUUCUGCAGAAGCACUUGCAGCUUCUGUCGGAAGACAUGUGCCAUCUGUAUGAGACUGGAAUACAGCUGGGCGAAUCCCUGUGGCACGGAGUUUUGAUAGGGGUAAAAGGAGACAUGAAGUUCCACGCAGAAACCUGCUGCCGCUUUGACCGUUACCAUGCGAACCUUGGAAAGAUAGCUGAUCUCAUGAUGUGCCCCUUUUGCCACGCAGGGCAGCAAGGCAUGCCGUUUGAGGAGCUGGACGACACACCCCUCUGGACCAACAGCAUGUUUGCCACCCGUCCGUGGCCUGCAGAUGACUCGCCUCACUUGGCGACCAUUCCCUAUGACAGCUUCGGCAGACAGGAGGCAAUGUUCAGUUUGGAUCCAUUCCAUGUCAGCAAAGUUGGCUUGAUCAGAGAUGUGGUUGGGAGCUUGCUGGUGAUCAUGUGCAGGGUCGGUUUUUUUGACACUGCUUCUGAUUCAAGAGACAUCAAUGAGACUGAGAUCAUUUACACGGGCAUAUCUGAAUGCCAAGACAUUUUCCACGAGUCCGUGGACGAACUCAAAAGGAAAGUUUUGCAGAACAUCAUUGGCAUGCAUGAGCUGCUUGAAAGCCACGGCCUUUUCCUUCCGAGGCGAGUUUCAACUCGCACGAUCGGAUUUCGCGUCAUACAGCGCUUUUUCCUGAAAUCCAGAGCUUUGUUUGUCCGUCAUCGCAAGAAGCAUGGACCGGGAUUUCUUUAUGAUAAGAACAUGUGA